AGACGCUCAUUUGCAGAGAUCUCUCCACUUCCUCCCAUUCUUCAUUCUGAAGAUCUGAGUCUGCACUCUGCAGCAUCUCUCUAUACAAAACGAGUCAACUCAGCCGAGUGAGCCUUUCGGAGUGCAUCUCGGUCGGUUUCAUCUGAAACAGUCGCUUUCUUGGUUAAUCCGGGUCGAAUCCGUGGAGGAUGGCGGAUCCGGCGAAUACGAAGCUUGGCAGGAUGCUAUUGGACGAGAUCACCCCGGUGGUCAUGGUCCUCCGUACCCCACUCGUCGAAGAGUCCUGCCGGAAAAAUGGCUUCUCCCUGAUUGAAAUGCUCGCCCCUUUCAGCAAUUUUAACAAUAUUGACGUGCCAGUGAGGACAGCUAGUGAUCAGCCCUACAGAUUGAGGAAAUUUAGAUUAAGAUUGUUUUACGGUUCGGAAGUUCGUCAGCCGAAUAUCGAGGCUGCAAAGGAGAGAUUAAAAGAAGUUAUCACUUUUUCUGGCGAUAAAGAUAUUUCCGAUUUGUGUUCAGAUCCACCAGACAUUGAGUCCUUAAUUGCAAUCUCUAAGCAGGAGAUGGUGCCAUCAUGGUUUCAAAAUUUUAACAAAGAGCUGAUUGACGUCGUCGCCUUUUCGGAACAUGAAGCUUUUGAUCAUCCCGUGGCUUGUCUUGUGGCCGUCUCUUCAAAGGAUAAAGAUCCAAUUGACAAAUUUGUUGACCUCUUCAACACGAACCAGUUGCCUCCUCUUCUUAAUGAUGGUGCUAUGGAUCCAAAAAUUCUGAAGUAUUUUUUGUUGGUGCAUGAUAAUCAAGACGGCAUGUUAGAAAAGGCAUCUGGAAUUCUGACAGAAAUGAGGAGUGCAUUUGGUGCGAAUGAUUGUCGGUUAUUGUGUAUAAACUCUUCGACAGAUGGCGCUGAAGAACAUCAAGAAAAUCUAUGGGCAUCUUAUAAAGCUAGCAUUUCAAAUAGCAAGCAGUAUGGUUGCUUCCUUAAUGCUGAUGACAUAGAAGAGUUGAGAAGUACAAUGCAUGAUUUCUCAUCUAAACAUAUCAUUCCACAUAUGGAGCUGAAGAUUCGUGUACUUAAUCAGCAGAUUUCAGCGACAAGGAGGGGUUUCAGAAACCAGAUAAGAAAUUUAUGGUGGAGAAAAGGGAAAGAUGAUGCACCAGAGAAUGCCAAUGGGCCUAUGUACACAUUUAGCUCCAUAGAAUCUCAGAUACGAGUUUUGGGUGAUUAUGCUUUCAUGUUACGGGACUAUGAACUUGCAUUAUCAAACUAUCGGCUUAUUUCUACGGAUUACAAGCUCGAUAAGGCAUGGAAACAUUAUGCUGGCGUUCAGGAGAUGAUGGGACUGGCUUAUUUUAUGUUGGAUCAGUCUAGAAAAGAUGCUGAGUACUGCAUGGAAAAUGCAUUUAGCACUUAUUUGAAAAUUGGGCCAUCUGGUGGACGGAACGCUACACGUUGUGGUAUUUGGUGGGCAGAAAUGUUAAAGGCUAGGGAUCAGUUCAAAGAUGCUGCAGGUGUCUAUUUCCGAAUCCCUGGUGAGGAACCCCUGCAUUCUGCGGUGAUGCUUGAGCAAGCAUCAUACUGCUUCUUGUUAUCCACACCAACCAUGUUACGGAAGUAUGGAUUUCAUCUUGUUCUUUCUGGAGACCUCUACAGGAAAUGUGAUCAGACAAAACAUGCGAUUAGGACAUAUAGAGGUGCUCUUUCUGUCUUCAAAGGCACAACUUGGAGGCACAUCAGAGAUCAUGUCCAUUUCCAUAUUGGAAAGUGGUAUGCAUUUCUUGGAAUGUUUGAUGAGGCUAUUAAACACGUGUUAGAGGUCCUGCCCUGUGGUCAUCAAACCAAGGCAACACAAGAGUUGUUUCUGAGGGAAUUUUUCCGAAUUAUUCAGGAAACGGGGAAAACAUAUGAGGUCCUGAGACUUCAGUUGCCUGUGAUCAACUUUCCUUUAAUCAAAGUUGUUUUCGAAGAUCAUCGUACUUAUGCAUCUACUGCAGCUUCCAGUGUUAGAGAAAGUUUGUGGCAAUCUUUGGAGGAGGACAUGAUUCCAUCACUAUCAGUUAUGAAGACUAAUUGGCUGGAGUCGCAACAAAAGGUUUUACCAAAGAAGUACAAAGAAUCAAAUGUCUGUGUUGCUGGAGAGGCAAUUAAGGUGGACAUUAGUUUUAGAAACCCUCUUCAGAUUCCUAUAUCUAUCUCAAAUGUUUCCCUAAUAUGCAAGCAUUCAGCAGAAUUUGAUGAAACAGAAUCAGAUGCAAAUGGGUUUUUGAUUGAUCAUCAGAAUGACAAGGAAUUGAGGGCUGUAUCAAAUAGUGGGGAGUUCAGCUUAGACACAUCUUUAUUUACUUUAUCAGAAAUUGACAUUUCGAUGCGAGGAGGUGAAACUAUUUUGGUUCAGCUAACAGUCACCCCCAAAAUAGAAGGCUCCUUGAAAGUAGUUGGUGUUAGGUGGAAACUCUCUGGUUCAGUGGUUGGAAUUUGUAACUUCAAUUCAGAUAUUAUCAAAAAGAAAGUCACUAAGGGGAAAAAGAAACCAAAACAGCCCGUGAAAGAUAACCUACAGUUCUUGGUGAUAAAGAGUCUACCCAGGCUUGAGGGUAUCAUUGACAACUUUCCUAAAACAGUUUAUGCUGGAGAUCUCCGCCGUCUUACAUUAGAGUUGAGGAAUCCAUCAAAAAUAGUUGUGAAGAAUUUGAAGAUGAAGAUCAGUCAUCCAAGAUAUCUUAUCAUUGCAGAUCAGGAAGUUAUGAACUCAGAAUUUCCUACUUGCCUUAGAAAGCAGGAGAGUUCGUCAGAAAGUUGCACACAAGUGGAUGCCGCCCGAGCAGCAAGUAGCUUAUUUGUGUUCCCUGAGACAACAGCAAUUUCUUCAGAGACGCCGCUUAAGUGGCCCCUUUGGUUUAGGGCUGCUGCCGCUGGGAGCAUUUCACUGUACAUAACCAUUUACUAUGAGAUGGAAGAUGAAUCAUCCGUUAUAACAUAUCGAACUUUACGCAUGCAUUACAAUCUGGAGGUGCUGCCAUCUCUAGAAGUAUCAUUCUGGACCAGCCCUUGUUCUUCCAAGUUGCAAGAGUUCCUUGUCCGGAUGGAUGUUAUCAACAGGACCAGUUCUGAGAGUUUCCAGAUUCAGCAAUUAUCAUGUGUUGGAGAUCAGUGGGAACUUGUGUUGCUCCAACCAGUGGAGUCUGUCUCGCCUUUGGAAGUUUUAAUUUCUGGUCAGGCUCUGUCAUGCUUUUUCAAGCUAAAGAAUCGCAGAAUAAGACAAAGUACUGAAGAGAACACAUCUUCUCUUGCCACGUCAGGGAGAGCAGACGUGAAACUUGUUGAUGGUGAUUCCAGAGGGUUAUAUGAUACAUCCAUUUCACCUUUCAUUCUUUUCCACCAUCAUGAAAGAGUGCACCAAGAAAGACAGGAACAGGGCCAUGGAGGCACGGUCGACUUUAUCUUGAUAUCUGAGUCAUGGAGUGGCAGUGAUGCUGGGUUAUCAAGGACCACAGAAGUUUUCUCUCAUCAUACGUGUCACUGCAGAGUUGCGAGUAAAAGCCCAAUAUGGUGGUCGAUGAAUGGUCCCCGGUCAGUGAGGCACGACUUUUCAGCUGCUUUCUGUGAAAUAAAUCUUAGUAUGACUGUUUACAACUCCUCAGAAGAUGUUGUAUCAGUUCGCAUUGUCACCCUUGAUUAUACACCUGCAACCAACUCCGCCACCAGUGCUGCCUCAGUUUCUGGAAAUGAAGUGGGUUGGCAUGAUACUUCUCAGCUGAGUGAAAUUAAAGUGACAUCUGAUGUCAUUGGAAGUCGAGGUGGCAAGGCCCCAUCAACGGACAGUGUUUCACCUUUCAUUUGGUCAGGAACAAGUUCAACUCGAUUCAACCUUGAGCCCUUCUCUUCUGCUCAAGUUCCUCUCCAGAUUUGUGUGUUCUCCCCUGGUACAUUGGAUUUAUCGAACUACAUCUUGUAUUGGAAUCUUGUAUCCUCUAGUGAUGGUGGACAUGAUGUGGAUGGACCCAAAGUCUCGUCUGGUACUUGCCAAGGUCAUUCUUAUCAUGUUGCGGUGCUGCAAAAAGAAUGAAUUGAGCUGUGUAAGCUUUUUCCUCAACUCAGGAGUGGAAAAUUGUUUGUAGUAAAUUUUGUUACCUUACAGCCUGUAAAUCACAAUGAUUCAAUGUAUUAUUGUAGCGAUAGAAAAUUUGGAUAAAAAUUCAUCUAGGUUUUUUAACUGGGAGGCAAAAAGAAGUUGCCCCUCCCUUUAAAUAAUCAGAAGGGAUGACUUGUCGCAGAAACCUCUUAUUGACUGUAUAUCUAAGCACUUCACCCUUCACUGCGCAACCAAUUUUGUUUGGAGAAGCAAGAGUUUGCCCUGCUGUUAUGUUAUGUGAUAAUUGUAACAAUUCAACUUCCUUCAGGCUGAAAGCAGCACCUUUCCUCUCUCUGUUCACAUUCCCUACUUCAGUUCAUCUUUUGGGUACUUAUAAAGUUACGAAACUUCCAUAGUUCAAUUUGAAAUUGUGACCCAAAAGAAGGGGAUUGGAGUCGGAUUGCCCGAUUUCCGAUUCUAUUGCUCAAUUCUGUGCGCCCAAACAAAUUUUAACUUAUGUAAAAGGGUAAAUUACAUUGACCGUCCAUGAUAGGUCUAAUUGAUAGGUAAAUUACAUAAUUACAAGAAUAUCUUUUGAGGUUGUAAGUAUAACAUAUGUAAAUACUUCUCCAGGAGGAAAAAAACUUGUACAAAAACCUCUUGAGGUGAAUUACAUCAACACCUUUUUAGGGAAUGGGUGAAAUUUUAUAAAGAGUAAGGAAUGUUUGUAUAAUUAGAUGUAAGAUCUGAAAUAAAAUGUAUACAUAGGUGCCAAACAUGAUGUUUAGUGUUAAAAGAAAAGAAGAAAAAAAAGUAAUGCUACAUCAUGGGGAGAAGUUCCCUUGAAAGCGUGAUUUCCAUCUCCACUUCCCCCCACGUCUUUAUUAUGUUAUUGUUACAUGGCCAUGUUCCGGGCUGCACAUCCAUCCAACUUGCUACUUGAUUUCCUUUGAAGGACCAACAUAUUUUAUUGGUUGAUCGAGCUUUGUAUGACCAGGACCCCAUAAUAUUGUCUAGUCAAUUAACAACUCGUGGAGGAAUGCAAUUUUAAGGUGCUCAUAAUCCUCAACGCGCUUCCAUUCUAUCAGCUGAUGAAAGAGAAUUUAAAAUGGAACUGUUGACUGUGCUUUUAUAUCAAUUGUGAUAGAACAGUAAUGUUGGAUUAAUUAUGCGUCGUAUCCUAAGUGUAGGAGGGAAGCCAGAGCUAGGAAAUUUAAUGCCAGAAAUAAUCAAUCAAGGAUAAAAUGAGGCUAAAUGCCCCUGGAAAUGAAGAAGUUGAACAAAUGAAAAAUGAUUUACCCCUACUAGUAGUAAAGGUAUAUUAUAUGCUAGAAACAACACCCAUCUUCCAACUUCGACAAGUUGGAAGGGGGGACUAGCCCCCGGCCGGGGUACGCGGACACCAACCGUGAACCUCAUCUAUCCCCAAGAAAAUAAAGAAGAAAACAAUAACCUAAAUCGUCAACAAAUAAUAAACACAUCUGGGAGUAGAUACAAUGACAAUAAAAAAAA